AUGAAUAACUCUAAAUCAUCAUUUCAAAAUGUAUUAUCCAUACACUACAUAAAGGUGCAUCGUUUAUUCCUAUGGAUACUAGGCGCUUGGCCUGAAGAAAUGUUCGAUGAGAAAAUUACAUUUCUCACCAGAAAUCAUCGAAGAUCAAUGAUGAUACAAAUAGGACUCGUAAUGUUGGGACAAUUCAACUAUUUGAUACAGAACAGGAAGAAAAUCAAUGUUUUCGACGCGGGACAUGACGCGAAUACAAUUUCUAAAUACGGACCUUUAACUAUUCUAAUCUUCGGACAACUAAUAUUAAUAUCUGUUAUAUUUGAAAUCGUACAAACCGAGAGCGAGAAAUUAAGAGAUGAAUUGUACUACGUGUCAUGGGAGCGCAUGGAUGUAAGGAAUCGUCGUACUCUUUGCAUCUUCCUGCAAAGACUGCAGGAACCAAUUAGCAUCACUAGUAUGGGGAUGGUAUCAGUGGGUGUGCAGACCAUGGCUAAGAUCCUGAAGACAACAUUUUCAUAUUUUACAUUUUUGAUGUCGAUGAAGGACAAUGAACCCGGUGCUUAG